CAAGACGCUUCACAUAAAAAUCAGCUCCAGAACUUGACAACUGUGAUCUGCACAAUGACAAGUCCCGAGCAAGCGUAAACCAUCUGCGAUGAAUUGGUUGCAUUACGUCUCCGCGCAUAACAUGCCACUGCCGCGUGUUUAUAACCCUUCGAACAAACCUCGAUGUCGCCCGAGGAAAACAGUGAACACGGACGGGAGCAGUCAGGAAUUGGCUUGCCUUGUUCCACCUCGGCGAAACUGCACACUACUACUGGAUUGAUUUCUUCCGUUGGUAUUCCUCAUCUGUCCGUCCACGCAGGCGACGAUUCUACAACAAGCUCACAUCGAUCGUUUAUUGCCAUUAAGAGUCUUGGAGAGGGCUCCUUUGGAUCAGUAUUCCUAUGUGACUGGCAUGGAGAUUUGCCACAUGAAGUGCCACCACCUUCUGCGAUUCAUGUAAAUGGUGUCACGAGGCCAGAAUUGACAGGUAUGCGUUUGGUGGCUGUAAAGAAACUGAAGCGACGGUGGGAACAUGGUUGGGACGAGUGUCAGCAUCUCAAGGAGCUCAAGGCGCUCCGUGCAUUAGCACCCCAUCCAUGCGUCGUCCCUUUCUAUGACGUCUUUCUCUCAAGAGAAACUUCGGAGCUGUACUUCGUUUUUGAAGCUAUGGAACGCAACCUAUACCAAUUCAUGAGAGCUCGCAAAGGGCGACUAUUGGCCACCGGCCUUUUAUCUUGCAUCUUUCAACAAAUAGCAGCUGGACUGCACCACAUUCACUCUUCGGGCUAUUUCCAUCGCGAUAUGAAACCUGAAAAUAUUCUCGUUGGGACGUCGGGGCUCUCCCAGUCGCAACCAGACGGAGGUGAUCAGAAUGAUGUUGCAAUUAUCUGCAAGAUUGCAGAUUUUGAUUCUGCAAGGGAGAUAUCGAGCACGCCGCCUUACACGGAGUAUGUCUCAGCUCGGUGGUAUCGCGCCCCCGAGGUGCUGCUGAAGCAGAGAGACUAUUCUACACCGGUGGAUAUGUGGGCCCUCGGAGCGAUCAUGGCCGAGCUGGUGAACUUAAGGCCCAUGUUUCCUGGUUCUGGAGAAGUAGAUCAGAUCAACCGAAUCAUCAAAGUGCUUGGCGACCCGGCAGAUUAUGGCAUGGACGAACGCGGAAGAUUUUACGGAGGUGGUCCAUGGUCCCAUGGCUUGGAGUUGGCGAGGGGUCUUGCCUUCAAAUUUCCUCAGACUGAACCGAGAGAUAUAUACGCGAUAUUCGACAAGAACACACCUCGCCAACUCGUCAACUGCAUCUCCGAUCUCCUCAAGUUUGACCCCAAGUUGCGCCUUACUAGUAAACAGUGUCUCGCUCAUGAAUACCUCGAGGAAUGGCGGCCGGAAAAUUUUCCCCAUAUGCCCCCCGAACAAGACAUUCACCCCCAGAUCUCAACAACAGCACAGGAUUCGUACAUGAUCAACGCAACGUGCGAGUUCACCGUUGUCAUGAAAUCGGCUUUGGAGUAGACUGUACCAGUACUAUUUGACAAAUUUGCCUAAAUUGGUGGGUUGUACGGAGCCGUUCAAAACAUCUCUUUCUGAUGGCACUUGUUUCUGUGUAUGAUAGGAGAGGAAUCAUGCGGCUUUAGAGCUGGACUUCUGCCGUUUGAUCAGUGAAUUCGAUGAUAGCGUGGAUGGCCCGUGUUCUCCGCUAUGAACGGAUGAUGAGUGUGCUAUUAAUUUGGUUCAUGUUUGACGGCGGAGGUCAGCGCUGUACGGCCUGUGUCGUGUGGUCAUAGGAAGGAUGACAAUUGAAAAACGCGCCCAUCUUGCCAAACGUGGUGACCCUGAAAUUUCGCAAAGUUCGAAGC